AUGAGAAAUCACACAUCAAUAACAACAUUCGUCUUGCUGGGUCUUACAGAGGACCCACAGCUGCAAGUGCUGGUUCUUGUCUUCUUAUUUCUGACAUACAUAUUAAGUAUAACUGGAAACCUGACAAUUAUCAUUCUUUCCCUAAUAGAUUCCCAACUCAAAACACCUAUGUAUUUUUUUCUCCGAAAUUUCUCCUUCUUAGAAAUUGCAUUCACAACAGCCUGCAUCCCCAGAUACCUGUAUAGUUUAUCAACUGGAGAUAAUACCAUUACUUAUAAUGCUUGCUUCAGUCAAAUAUUUUUUAUUAUACUUUCAGCAGCCACAGAAUUUUUUCUCCUGGCAGCCAUGUCCUAUGACCGCUAUGUGGCCAUCUGCAAGCCCCUGCAUUAUGUGACCAUCAUGAACACCAGAGUCUGCACCAUCCUCGUGGUCUGCUGCUGGCUCUCUGCAUUGAUCAUUGUUCUCAUUCCAUUUGGAAUGGGCCUCCAGCUAGAAUUCUGUGACUCCAAUGCCAUCGAUCAUUUUGGCUGUGAUGCUUCUCCUCUUUUUAAAAUUUCAUGCUCGGAUACCUCGUCCACAGAGGUGGUGGUCAUUUUCUGUGCAGUGCUGAUAUUCAUCAGCACGCUGAUAGAAGUUGCUCUUUCCUACAUAUAUAUCAUCAGGACUAUCCUAGGAUUCCCUUCUGCUUCACAGAGAAAGAAAGCUUUUUCCACCUGUUCUUCUCACAUGAUUGUUGUUUCCAUCACGUACGGCAGCUGUAUCUUCAUCUACAUCAAGCCUUCAGCCAAAGAGCAGGUGGAAAUUAACAAAGGAGUGUCCGUGCUUACCACAUCUGUUGCUCCUCUGCUGAACCCCUUCAUUUAUACUUUGAGGAACAAGCAAGUGAAACAAGCUUUCAAAGACACAAUAAAAAAAAUUGCAUUUAUUUUAAACAAGUAA